GUAAUUUUAUUGCUGUAUUGUAAUAAUUACACUCAUAUUUCGCGGCAAAGUCUUUUAAAAGUUGAAUUAUCAGUAUGGUUAUAAAAUUUUCGGCCACAAGAUGUCGCCGCAGCAGCUGGAAGCGGCCAUCAAAUCGAGGAUUCGAGAUAUCGAUUAAUUGACAACCGAUAUUUCGAUUGUCUUAUAAAAAAUAGAUCGAGUAUGCGCAUUACUUUUUGUAUUGUAUAUAAUAACCCGGGAAUAAUUUUUUAUUUACAAAUGGCGCCGAUAUUCACGAUCUUAUCUUCGAUUAUUAUUAUUAUUAAAAUUAUUUCUUAUCUCUACUAUUUAAUUAUUUAAUUAAAUUAUUAUUUAAAGCAAAAAGUUAUGAUAAAAACAGAUGAUAUUGAUAAAACGGCUAAAAAAUUAACUAAAGAAGUUCAAUGUAUGAGUAAUUAUAAAAAUUUAUACAAUGAAAUUCAGAGAAUUGUUGCUUCGUCAGCAGUCAGAAAGGAUAAUUUUAAAACUACACUACUUGAGGCAUUAAAAAAUAAUGGUGUUGAAACAGAGAUAAGAAAUACUGUAUUUCAUUUGACACGAGCUCAGGGCCCACUACAAUCGACGACUGAAAUAAAAUCAUCAAAUGUAGAUUUAAAUUAUUUAAAAAAAGCGCAAAUACAAUGGGAGAGACGAAUACACAAAUCGUUAAAUUCAAUGUGCAAUGAACUGAAUGUACCUUUGGCAAGAAUACGUCCUAGUGCUGAUAGAGAGGAGCUAUCUGACAAGUGGAAUGAAUUGAGUACUUAUGAUGUUGAUUUGUCAUCAUAUCGCCCGCUGUAUGCUCCAAAAGACUUCCUGGAAGUACUUUUCAGUGUUCAUGAUCCAACGGUAAAGAAACAAACCAAUGAACCGAAAUGGGAAUUCAGUCACAUUCAGAUUCGUGUGAAAACUUUAGAACAAUUGAGAGCAGCGUACGCAGAAUUAUCUCAAGGAGUUGCUUUGCUAGGUGUCAAUAAUGAUAUGCCAGCAGUAGGAAAUUUUAUAAAUCUCGAAGCAGAACGUACUGAUUUCGGUGAAAAAGUUAUCAGUAGUAAUCAUGCGCCCAUAGCACAAGAAUUUUUGAAACGCGGAGCACCUAGAGCUCUUCGCGGUCGUCUUUGGUCUCUGGUGCUGGGAUCAGUUGUCAAAGAUACCGACCGGAAGUACUAUGAAGAAUUGAAAGAACUAGUUUUACAGUACGACAUUAUGGUUGACAAAUUAAUAAUAAAAGACGUACAACUAACAGCAAGUAACGACGAUCAGUACUUUGUCUUUGAAGAUGUCCUUUACAAAACAAUGUUGUGUUUUUCCCGAGACUCAGAGGUCCUGGCGCCAGUGACGAAUGACAGAAGUGCAGGUGGGCAAGUUAUUCACGCAAUUCUCCAAGGGAAACCAGCAGCUCUAGAAAACACUCUGGUCUUUCCUCCAAGUGGCGUAAUUCCUUUUCAUGGGUUCACUAUGUACGCAACACCAUUUUGCUACCUGUACGAUGACCCUUGCGCAAUGUACUACACUUUUCGUGCAUUCUACCUGCGAUACUGGCUAAGACUUCACACCGUCUCCAGUCAUGAGCAGGGAAUAGUCGCUCUGUCUUUAUUGUUUGAGAGAUUACUUCAGUGCCAUGAACCCCAGCUAUGGGCCCAUUUUAGAAACAUGAAAAUACAACCAGUAAAAAUUGUCUUUAAAUGGUUAAUGAGAGGCUUCAGUGGACAUUUACCACCAGAACAAUUACUUUAUCUAUGGGAUCUUAUCUUAGGAUACGAUUCAUUAGAAAUAAUUCCACUACUUGCCGUAACAAUCCUCAGUUUCAGAAAAGAAAAUCUUUUACAAGUUAAUAAUCUAGUAAAUGUUGAGGCCAUCCUUGCGGACUUAUCAUCACUCAGAGUAAUGCCAUUGCUGCAAUUAGCGUUAAUAAAAGACUAAAAAUAUACAAAAAAUAUAUUGUAAAAUAAAUAUUUUUACCCAAUACAGUAAAACAUUUUAAAUAACGCGCUUGCGUAUUGAUUAAUAGUUCGUCAGUCGGUACAUUAUCCGUCA